AUGCACGAAACGGAUACAAAAGUGCAUGCAACGCUGGCAGCGCAAGCAGGUGACAGGUCGGGGCGGGAGGAUCAGGGCUGGGAGGCGCAAAGGGGAUUUGGUCGGGACGAAGUCCCUCUUCCAUUACAGGAUGAUCCGAGUCCGUCGCAGGGGUUUCGUGUCGAGGCCGAGGUGCCGCAGGGCUCAGCCCCAGUAGGCGAUGGGGUAGUAGGAGUAGGCGGCCGGGUAGGCGUAGGCGAUGGGGUAGUAGGCGCUCUCCGCGCCCUGCAGCGCCUCGCGCGGGACGGGGCGGGCGCCGGCCGGCUGCGGCUGCGCUUGCGGCAGCGGGGCACUCAACGAGGCGAACAGAAUCGACGUAGAGCUGAUGCCACCUCCACAACUCGCCAAUAA